AUGCCAGGUGUCCAUGUUGAUGGCAUGGAUGUGUUGAAGGUGAGGGAGGUAGCAAAGGAGGCUAUUGGGAGAGAUAGGAGAGGAGAAGGCCCAACUUUGGUUGAAUGUGAGACUUACAGAUUCAGAGGACACUCUUUGGAUGAUCCUGAUAAGCUUCGUGACCCAAAUUUAAAGGCGAUAAAGAAGAAGAUAGAUGAGGUGGUUGAGGAAGCUGUGGAGUUUGUAGAUGAAAGCCCUGCUCCUUCAAGAAGCCAACUGCUGGAAAAUGUGUUUGCAGAUCCAAGAGGGUUUGGAAUUGGACCUAAUGGAAGUUACAGGUGUGAGGAUCCUAAGUUUACUGAAGGCACUGCUCAGGUUUGUUACUUCACUCGUGUGGUGAAAGUUGUUGAUGUAGCUGGUAUUCUAAGGACUAAAAGUCCUAAUCUAUUCCGUCAAUUAGGAUUGAUGCAUAUAUUUGUAGUUCCACGUGCUUCUCGUGUGAUUGGCAUGAUCACCAGAAAGGACUUGAUAUUUGAGAUAAACGAGUUUGUAAAACUUGGGGGUGAUCAACUGACAAGCCCCUUUAAUACAACACAUGGUGAUAUAGUGAUGGAAGAAAAUGCACAUGGUGAUGAUGUAAAUCAAAGUAAUGAAAAAGAUGCAGACGCUUUAGAGGCUGGAAAUGAACUUGUAGGAGUUGUCUCUGAUGAGAAUUUAUUGGAACUUCUGGAGUUAGCAAUGUCAUCAAACACAACUGAAACUGUGAAAAGAGCCAGAGAACUGAUGGAAUUGGGAGUUUACCCUAUGGUCCUCAUGUCUCAAAUAGCUACACUUAUUAUGGACAUUAUUGCUGGAAGAGGUGUUGUGUUUUUCUCUGUUGCUAGGUAA